CAGCGCUUUGACGCACCACGCAGAGUUGGAUUAUAGUGUUGCGCGCUGGUCUUCUACGGGGCUUUUCUCCCCUCCCUCGGACUGCCGUUGCCACUGACCGGCAGUUGAUACAUGAUCGGAUCAAUCACCAUCCCUCCACCACCGUGACCUCUCCUGAGUUUCUUUCUUUUUUUCUUUUUUUGGGGGGUUGGGGGCAAACUAAGCGCCGCUUGCCGCUGUCUCCUCGUCGGACGCGUGUUGUGAAUUAAUAACCGAGACAGCCUCACCUGGAGCGUGUGGGGGAGUGUAUGUGUGCGCGUGCGUGCGUACGCGUGUUGGAGUGUGUGUGCGCACUAAAGUGUGCGUUUCUCUGGAUCAGAUCAAGCAUCGAGGUGUGUUAACUGGCUUGGUUCUGCACAUCUACACAGACCCAGCACGCACCAGGAGGAUUUGGGCACCGCAUGCCGGGGACAUGUGGAACUUUGCGCCGCUUUAGCGCAUCCCGAGAGCCGGUCCGCCGCCUCGUCGACCUCCCCUCUCCCUGCUCACCGGUUCACAGCCUUCAGGCAUCGAAAUACCUCCGAGGGGAACCAAAUGUAAAUUCAGAGGGAGAAAUUUCGGAAACACACGUCUGAAAAGGGGGGGGGACAACGAGAAGAGGAGGACGGCAUCCCGUUCGCGUUGCAGAGUUUGGUGAGCUGGUUGCGGGGGAUAUUGUGGCUUUUUUUUUAACGCCCUUGUGUUUUUUUAGUAGUAUUUUUGUUUUGUUUUGUGGGUCUCACGUUGUGGGCCCCCACUUGCCGCAGUGAUGGUGGGAGCUCUGAGCCCCGCUGGCCCCGGCCGCUCCUCGGUGACCGCGCUGGGGCUUCUGGUGGCCGUUCUGCUAUCGGUCAUGUCCGGCAGAGUGAACGGACAGCCUUGCCCGGCACAGUGCGCCUGCACGGGGACUACAGUGGACUGUCACGGCCAGGGGCUCCGGAGCGUGCCCAGGAACAUACCCCGCAACACCGAGAGACUGGAGCUGAACGCAAACAACCUCACUAAAAUCACCAAGGCAGAUUUCGCAGGACUGAGGCAUCUGCGAGUGUUGCAGCUAAUGGAGAACAAAAUCACCACAAUGGAGAGGGGGGCCUUCCAGGACCUGAAGGAACUGGAGAGACUGCGCCUGAAUCGGAAUAAUCUGGCCGUCUUCCCCGAGCUGCUUUUCCUGGGAACGACAAAGCUUUACAGACUGGAUCUCAGCGAGAACCAGAUUCAGGGGGUCCCGAGAAAAGCCUUCAGGGGAGCCAUAGAGAUCAAGAACCUCCAGUUGGACUACAACCACAUCAGCUGCAUCGAAGACGGGGCUUUCCGAGCGCUGCGUGACCUGGAAGUGCUCACCCUGAACAACAACAACAUCAGCCGGCUGUCCGUGGCCAGUUUCAACCACAUGCCCAAACUCAGGACCUUUCGCCUGCACUCAAACAACCUGCAGUGUGACUGCCACGUGGCCUGGCUGUCGGAGUGGCUGAGGCAGCGCCCCCGCCUGGGCCUCUACACGCAGUGCAUGGCCCCGCCGCACCUGCGGGGCCACAAUGUGCCCGAGGUGCAGAAGAAGGAGUUUGCCUGCGCAGGUCACCAGUCGUCAUCAUCUUCCUCCUGCAGUGUGUUACAGUGCCCGGAGUCCUGCACCUGCAGCAACAACAUCGUGGACUGCCGAGGGAAGGGCCUGACGGAAAUACCCACCAACCUGCCCGAAACCAUCACUGAGAUACGACUGGAGCAGAACGCCAUCAAGGUGAUCCCGGCCGGAGCCUUCUCUCCUUAUAAGAAGCUGCGCAGGAUAGACUUGAGCAACAACCAGAUAUCCGAGUUGGCUUCGGACGCCUUCCAAGGUCUGCGCUCCCUCAACUCCCUGGUACUGUAUGGGAAUAAGAUCACUGAGAUUUCCAAAGCUCUGUUUGAGGGACUGUUUUCUCUGCAGCUAUUGUUACUGAAUGCUAACAAGAUAGCGUGCCUGCGUGUGGACGCAUUUCAGAACCUCCACAACCUCAAUCUGCUCUCCCUCUAUGACAACAAGCUGCAAACCAUCGCCAAGGGGACCUUCUCGUCGCUGAGAGCCAUUCAAACACUUCACUUAGCCCAAAACCCGUUCAUCUGCGACUGCCACCUGAAGUGGCUGGCGGACUACUUGCAGGAUAAUCCCAUUGAGACGAGCGGCGCCCGCUGCACCAGCCCCCGGCGGCUCGCCAACAAACGCAUCGGACAGAUCAAGAGCAAAAAGUUCCGCUGCUCAGCUAGAGAACAAUAUUUCAUCCCAGGUACAGAGGAUUACCGCAGCAAGCUCGGAGGGGACUGCUUCGCAGACUUGGCCUGCCCCGAGAAGUGCCGCUGCGAGGGCACCACGGUCGACUGCUCCAACCAGAAGCUCACCAAGAUACCAGACCACAUCCCCCAGUACACCGCCGAGCUGCGCCUGAACAACAACGAAUUCACCGUGUUGGAGGCGACGGGCAUCUUCAAAAAGUUGCCUCAGCUGAGGAAGAUUAACCUGAGCAACAACCGCAUCAGUGAUAUCGAGGAGGGGUCGUUUGAAGGAGCCUCGGGGGUCAGUGAGUUGAUUCUCACCUCCAACAGGCUGGAGAACAUACACCACCGCAUGCUGAAGGGACUCGGCGGCCUGCGCACACUUAUGCUGAGGAGCAACCGUAUCAGCUGUGUGAGCAACAGCAGCUUCGUGGGGUUGAGCUCCGUGCGUCUCCUGUCGCUCUACGACAACCAGAUCACCUCCAUGAACCCCGGAGCCUUCGACACACUGCACUCCUUGUCCACACUCAACCUUCUGGCCAAUCCCUUCAACUGUAACUGUCACCUGGCUUGGCUCGGCGAUUGGCUGAGGAGGAAGCGCAUUGUCACCGGCAACCCUCGCUGCCAGAGCCCGUAUUUCUUGAAGGAGAUCCCCAUCCAGGACGUAGCUGUUCAGGACUUUGCCUGUGAAGACGGCAAAAAUGACAACAGCUGCUCCCCGGUGCUGAGGUGUCCGGCUGAGUGUUCCUGUCUGGACACCAUGGUGCGCUGCAGCAACAAGGGCCUCACCACACUGCCCAAAGGCCUCCCCAUAGAGUCCACCGAACUCUAUCUGGAUGGUAACCACUUCACCCAGGUUCCCUCGGAGCUCUCAAAUUACAAACACCUAACGCUCAUUGAUUUGAGUAACAACCAGAUCAGCACGUUGUCCAACCACAGCCUCAGUAACAUGUCCGAGCUGCUUACUCUAAUCCUGAGCUACAACCGCCUGCGGUGCAUCCCAGUGAGGGCGUUCGAUGGACUCAAGUCUCUCCGUCUGCUGUCCCUCCACGGCAACGACAUAUCGCUGAUACCAGAGGGAACCUUUAAAGACCUGACAUCGCUCUCCCACCUGGCGCUAGGGGCCAACCCCCUGCACUGCGACUGCCACAUGAAGUGGCUGUCAGACUGGGUAAAGAGCGGCUACAAGGAGCCCGGCAUCGCCCGCUGCGCCGGCCCCAGCGACAUGACCGACAAACUGCUGCUCACCACGCCCUCCAAGAAGUUCACCUGCACAGAAGUCCCGGGGCCUUGUGGUUUCCUGGUGCCAGGUCCGGUAGACAUGAGUAUCCAGGCGAAGUGCGAGCCCUGCAUGUCCAACCCCUGCCAGAACGACGGCACCUGCUUCAACGACCCGGUGCACUACUACCGCUGCACCUGCCCCUACGGGUUCAAGGGACAGAACUGCGAGGAGCCCAUCCAUGCCUGUAUCAGUAACCCGUGCCAGAAUGGCGGCACUUGCCACCUGAAGGAAGGAGAAGGUAGCAACUUUUGGUGUGUGUGUCCGGAGGGCUUCGAGGGCGACAAGUGUGAGAUCAACUUCAACGACUGCGAGGACAACGACUGCGAGAACAACUCCACCUGCGUUGAUGGAAUCAACAACUACACGUGCAUGUGCUCCCCUGAGUACACAGCUGCUACCAAUGAGGUGGAGAGAGGAGAGCUUUGUGAAGAGAAACUGGAUUUCUGCGCUCCAGAGCUGAACCCAUGUCAGCACGACUCAAAGUGCAUCUUGACCCCUCAGGGACACAAGUGCGAGUGCACUCCAGGCUACGUGGGCGAGCAUUGCGAUCUGGACUUUGACGACUGCGAGGAGAACAAGUGUCAGAACGGAGGCCGGUGUAUUGACGCGUUGAACGGGUACACCUGCGUCUGCCCAGAGGGGUUCAGCGGGCUUUUCUGCGAGUUCUCUCCCCCGAUGGUCCUUCCUCGCACCAGCCAGUGUGACAACCACGAGUGCCUGAACGGGGCGCAGUGCGUUGUCAUGGGAGCAGACCCGCGCUGCCAGUGCCUCCACGGCUACGAGGGCGAGCGCUGCGAGACGCUCGUCAGCGUCAACUUCGUCAACCGCCAGUCCUACCUGCAACUCCCCUCCAGUCUCCUCUCGCCGGAGACCAACAUCAGCCUGCAGAUUGCCACAGACGAGGACAGCGGCGUGCUGCUCUACAAAGGGGACAACGAUCACAUCGCCAUGGAGCUGUACAGGGGGCGCCUCAGGGUCAGCUACGAAACCGGAUCCUACCCUCCCUCUGCCAUAUACAGCGUGGAGACAGUGAAUGAUGGCAACUUCCACGCUGUGGAGUUGGUGACAUCGGACCAGACUUUGUCUCUGUCCAUCGACGGCGGCCCGACCAAAUCCAUCAACUCCAUCAGCAAACAGUCCACCCUCAACAUAGACUCUCCGCUGUACCUGGGAGGUAUGCCAGAACGGGCCUCGGGCUCCGGGGGCCUCUUGUCCCUGCAGCAUAGCUCGGGCGGACACAACGGCACCAGCUUCCACGGCUGCCUCCGCAACCUGUACAUCAACGGGAAGCUGCAGGACCUGGGGGCCGGACUGGGGGCGGGGGCCCACGGCUCUGAGGCCGCACGGGGCACCACCAGAGAGUGGCUGGGCCACGGGGUGGAGGCGGGCUGCCAGCCCUGUCAGAGGGGCGCCUGCGUCCAGGGAGACUGCCACCCGACCGGGCAUCGCGGCUUCACCUGCACCUGCCACCCGGGCUGGACGGGAACGUUGUGCGACCAGCAGGUCAACAACCCCUGCGAUGGCAACAAGUGUAUCCACGGCACCUGCCUCCCAAUCAACUCCUACUCCUACUCCUGCCGCUGCCAGCCCGACUUCGCUGGCGUCCUGUGCGACGAGCAGGACCAGCACGCCGCCGACCCCUGCGGUCUGUCUCGCUGCAAACACGGCAAGUGCAGAGUGUCGGGCCUGGGCAAGGCGUACUGCGAGUGUGACGGCGGGUACACGGGAGACGCGUGCGACAGAGAGGUGGCCUGCCGAGGCGAACGGGUCCGAGAUGUCUACCAGAGGCAGCAAGGCUACGCGGCGUGCCAAACCCAGGAGAAGGUCUCCCGCCUAGAGUGCCAGGGCAGCUGCGCGGGGGGAGCAGACGGACAGGGCACCUGCUGCAACCCCCUCCGCAGCAAACGCAGGAAAUACACCUUCCAGUGCACCGACGGCUCGUCUUUUGUCCAGGAAGUGGAGAAAGUGGUCAAGUGUGGCUGUACAAAGUGUUCGUCAGCAAAAUAAAUUUAAAAAAAGAGAUUCUCUCCCCUCCAGAUUUAUCUUCUUGCCCGCCUUACUUGAUGUCCAAGGUCCCGACUCCUCCCUGAAAAAAACCCCUUCACCUUCCACGGUCCCCUCCCCCCAUCCGUCCCCCUAUUUUCUUCUUUUUUUUAACCCGUAAAAAAAAAUUUACACAAAAAACAAGAGAAACAACUAAAAAAGAGUUUCCUUUCUUUGUCAGUGCUGGACUGAUGAUUGAUGCUUCCUCGGUGGGGAUGUUGAAUUGUAUUGUAAAGUACAAAAACAGACUUAUUUUUUAUUAUGAAGUGGAGAAAAAGACAAAAAAACACACACACAUAAGAGUGGACUUUUUCCGUACUUCUUUUUCGUUGGUUGUGACGACUCCGACGGCGUGCCACGCCUCUAUCUUCCCCCGGGAGGACCGACCGCCCCCCCCCCCCCCUAGACUUCCUGCUUCCCCUCUGUGAGUUGUGUGUAUUUAGGAGUAACCGUAACUGGUAGUACCACGGACUCACCGCUAGGAGGAGCUGCACGGGAGACGGCGGGCAGCGAUAACCCCCCUUACACCACAAGGAGCCACCACUGUCGACCUCCUGAACCCUGGAGACUGUGUGCACGACCCCACACACAGCUGUGCUCAAACUCCUGGUAUUUCUUACAGCUACUGAAAAACACACACACUUACACACACACACGUAGAGGAGUUAUAGGUAAUAUCUGCCAGGUUAGAGACAGUACCCUCUGUUUAUCUACGCCCCAGUCAUGAAUGACAAGUAUUUAUUGUAUCAUAAAUACCUGUACUUAUUCAGUAGAUCCCCUAUGUAUCAAUCUGAUUCUUUUAAUAUAUAUUAAUUUAUAUGUGUCCUUAUUUUUGUAUUAAAAAAAAGACAUAAUCUGUCAAAUAGCUGAACUAACAAAAUGGUGUCCUUUAUUUUGGUUUGAAGAGAAGAUUUUCUUUUGGAUCACUGAACUGUUGUGCUUGCCAAGGACCUUAGUUACAUUUUAAUCUGCAAAUGUGACGUGAAGACAUUGUAUAUUUUUUUGUCGCGUUUCCUGAGAGUUUGUACUGUGCCAUUGUCAGAAGGUCUUUAUAUUAGAGUAUAAAUGUAUAGAUAAUUUUUUCCCUACCUAUGUAUUUCACACACAAUCUCGUGAAUAGCAUUGACCCUAGAGGAUGCUUAGAAGCUGUUUUUACCUUUUUAACAAAUUAAUGCUUAAAGAAUACUGUGACUUUUUCUAAAUGAAACUACUUUGUUAGCUCUCCCCCCCCCCGGCCCCCCGGUCUCCGAUGUUAACAUGUUGCUGCUAAGUUUUUGUACCGUAGACUUGGAUCCUGAUCUGUAUGUUAUAUAGAACUUCCUGCUCCUACUGUAUGGGGGCACCUUGUGUAACAGAUAAAUACGUCCUACCCCCCUACACAUGUGCAUUGUGCUUUAUAUUCCCCUCUUCUCCAUCCCCAGACUAAUGUCAGUUCCCUGACUGAUGUUUGUUUAUUAAACACAAUAUUUACCUCACACUUUA